AUGAUACUAAACCCUCUCCUCAUACUCCUCCUAUUGAGUAUCAUAGUCAUUGGACCAUCUACUGCUGAGAAAUGCUGCCCGUGUCCAACUGAGAGUAUUCCAACUAAAUCUCCAUUCCCUCAAAAAUUUUAUGGAACUUACGAAUUCAAUCGAACGGAGAAUUUUGAGACCGCCAGAUUAAUCCACUACAUGCAAAUUGAAGUGAAUACCAUGACAAUUGUCUUUGAAAGAACGUCUGUGGCCGAUGUCUUCAAUUUCUUUAUUGAAGUAAAGAAUAAGACAAUUAUCAAUUUAAAAGAAAAAGAAGUUGGAAAGCCAUUCGAUUUUGACGGAAAACAAAAACAAUUCGUAUUCAGUUUGGGAUCCCUUUUUUUCUACAACUUGGAAUUCAACCUGCGUUUUACAGAGCUCAUUUUGACGAUGAAUCCAACGUUGGAGGUUUCGCCAGGGGACACGCCCCAUUAUGUUUUCACCAGAGUAGUUUGA